AUGUCAUCAGCAACCUCCACCAUGAUCCCCCGCUUUCUCCUCCCACAGUACGGGCGCAUCUGGCAACGGCCCACCCAAAAGCUUAUCCAGCGCCGUCUCGCAUCCACAAAGUCAACAGCGGAAGCCAACUCAACGCCAUCCGGCCAGCGCGUCCUCGCAAAACCCGAGCGCUUCAACCCUCCUUCACACGGCUCCCGACUCCCCAACAAGAAAAACGUCCCGCGGCACUAUGGCGGCGACCUCAGCUUCCAGGAGAAGCAGGCUCAGGCGCAAAAGGAAUACCCGGGCCUGAUGCCCGGCGAGGGAACCUUCGGAUGGUGGUUCUGGAAUAACAAGUGGUUUCACAUGUGUUUGACCCUGGGGUCCCUCUUCGCCAUAGCCAUCUACACCGCAACCGAGAACUUCAAGCGCACCUCUCCCUUCGCCGACAUGCUCCCUGCCCGCGGUGACUUUUUCAGCCACCCUAUCGACUCCUUCAGUCACCUGGGCCACGUCAUCCGGCUGCACGAGGCGCACAAGUCCGCCGAGAUCUCGGCCAGGAGACAGCGGGCCAUUGACGAUGUAGCCAAGCGGACCAUGUAUAGGAAGGCGCACGGCCUGCCCGAGGAGCAGGGCAUUGCGGGUUUCAUCAAGCUGAAGGAACCGGAGCGGAUUGCUAGCGUGUCGAGAGGGGUGUUGGAACCGGAGGCUACUGCGUCUGCCGCUAAGGCAGAGCCGCAGCAGCAGGAGAAGCAGUAAUGGGCCGUUGGUAACUUGAGGCGGAAGUGAAGGUGGUGUAAGGAACUUGCGGCUUGACAUGGAAAUGAGGGAAUGGGGCGUGGGCAAUCAUAGCGUGGUAUUAGCGCUGUGAUUCCGAUUACGCUGCCUCGCGGCUGUCUCCGGAAGAAGGUGGAAUGGAAAGAGGUAUAGUCUACGGAAGAGGAGAUGCUUGUGAUGACUAUGUGUACGAUUAAGUGUUAUUAAUGACUUAACGGGCAGCGGGCACAGAAAAGCAUGUUUAGCGUUAGAUUUUGGAAUAGGGGUAUCUUGUUUUGAGUU